AAGGUUAUUCUUAACCAAGUUAGCGGGACAUUCAGGCCAGGCCGACUGACCGCCAUCCUGGGACCUUCAGGCUCAGGCAAGACCACCUUGCUAAAUCUGCUAGCCGGCCAGACCACUAAGGGGACUACGAGCGGCAACAUCUGGAUCAAUGGCCGCUUGGCUUCAGGCAGCAGCAUGCGCCAGCUUGCCGGAUACGUGAACCAGGAGGACGUCAUUUUGUCGACCCAGACAGUGGAAGAGGCCAUCAUGAUGUCUAUUAUUUUGCGUCCGCCGCCGCUGGAAUUAGGAAUGCCGACACUGUCUUUGGGACAAUUCAAGGCCCAAAUGGCGCGCUGCUCACAGGCCAUUUCGCUGUUCGGGCUGGAAAAAUGCCGCGCUACUGCUGCUGGUGACUCCAUGAACAAGGGCAUUUCGGGUGGCGAGAAGAAGCGCACGUCUAUAGCAAUGGAGUGGGUGACUGACACGCCAAUUAUGUUCCUGGAUGAGCCGACCUCGGGGCUCGAUGCAUAUUCGGCUCUAAUGGUUACGCGAAAGCUCAAGCACAUUACUGAAAUAGGCCGAACUGUUAUUGCGGUGCUCCACCAGCCGUCGUCCGAGAUGUUCGAGCUGUUUGACGACAUUGUCAUUAUCUUUGAGGGUCGUAUUGUGUAUAUGGGCGAGCGGUCAAACUUGAUCGACUAUUUGGCGCGCAUCGGCUAUCCCUGUGCUAUUUACAGCAACCCGGCCGACCACAUCUUCAACUCCCUGCUUUUUGACAUGAAGUCAGAGCAUUUUGGUGAUAGUGAUUACGGUAAUGGCAAGCAGAUGGAGCAACGCGCCAAGUUUUUGUCCGAACUGUGGCAGCAGUCUGAAGAGGCAACAGCCCUGCAGCGCAGAAUCAAUGGUCCCGAGUUGACGCCCAUCAGUGAAACGCAGUUCCGCCGGACGAGCCCACCAAUGGUACAGCUGCGCUACUUGCUCAAGCGGACGGCGUUGGACAAUGUGCGCAACAGCAAGCUCUUGAAGCUGCGUAUUGUCCAAUGCAUUUUUUAUGGUCUUCUCAUUGGACUGGUCUACCUUAACUCGCAAAACAGACCUGUUAGCUCACGGUUGCAAAAUUUUAGCGGCGGCAUGUUUUUCAACUGCGUUUCCCAGUUCUUGGUUUCCAGUCUGGGCGUGAUCAAUGUCUUUACCCACGAGCGCAAGGUGUUUUCGCGCGAGUGGCAGGGUAUGUACUACGGGUUACCAGCGUACUUUGUAGCCAAGAACAUUGUCGAGCAGCCGAUCAACAUUAUCACUACAGUAAUAUACUGCGGCAUCAGCUACUGGAUGAUAGGACUUGAUCGCACUAUGGUCAAGUUUCUUGUUUACACGGGUGCUAUGAUUGUACUUGCAAUUAGCGGGUACUCAUUUGGGAUCUUAUUAGGUGCAUCCUUCGAAGAACUGACAACCAUCAUCAUUGCGUUGCCCCUUGUAUUUUUGCCGUUUCUUUUGUUUGGCGGUCUGUUUGUCAAUAGCACAAACUCGGCAGUGUGGAUACGUUGGCUGCAGUGGGUUGGCCCAAUCAAGUAUGGGUACACGGCAAUGAUAAAAAACCAGUUUGUUGGAUAUAUGAGCGAUGAGUCCAUAGGUGACAUGUACCUUGAGGAGCUUGGGCUGGGCUCACUGUCCAUUGCUGCAAACACUCUUAUCAACCUUGGCUUGGCAAUUUUUAUCUGGUCAAUGUCGUACCUAAUGCUCAAAAGA